AUGUCAGCUGCAAAUCCCCAAGGUGGGGGUAAACGAAUAUCCCAGAGUGAUUUCACCGAGAAGAGCUGGCAGGCAAUAGUGGCUGCCCCAGAGAUCGCCAAGGACUACAGUCAACAAGUUGUUGAAACUGAGCACCUUUUCAAGGCGCUUCUGGAGCAGCCUAAUGGUUUAGCAAGGCGAAUCAUUUCCAAGGCUGGUGGGGAUCCCACUGCUCUACUGGAGGCCAUCGAUGAUCACAUCCUGAGGCAGCCACGGGUGUCUGGUGAAUCUGCACAGGUGUUGGGCCGACACCUGGAGGGUGUGGUGGAGAAAGCCCAACUACUCAAGAGCAAAUGGCGGGACAGUUUUGUUUCAGUUGAGCAUCUUGUCCUGGGGCUUGCUCAGGACGUCAGAUUUUGCGAGGUCCUUCUGAGAGGCAGGGGUUUGACCUAUGACACAUUGUUGAAGGCAGUGGAAGAGAUCCGUGGGAGUACAAGGAUCACUGAUCAGGAUCCUGAGGGGAAGUAUGAAGCACUGGCGAAAUAUGCCCGUGAUUUGACGGAGGCUGCAAGGAAUGGCCAGCUGGACCCAGUGAUUGGGCGCGACGAUGAAAUACGCAGAUCAAUCCAGAUCUUGUCUCGUCGCACCAAGAACAAUCCAGUCUUAAUUGGAGAACCUGGCGUGGGCAAAACUGCCGUUGCUGAGGGUUUGGCGCAGAGAAUAGUUGAUGGUGAUGUUCCGGCAGCACUACAGGACAGAGUCCUGAUGGCUUUGGACAUAGGCUCGUUGAUUGCGGGCGCCAAGUACCGGGGGGAGUUCGAAGACAGGCUGAAGGCAGUCAUCAAGGAAGUGACAAGCUCAAAUGGCAAGAUCGUGCUGUUCAUUGAUGAGAUCCACACUGUGGUUGGAGCAGGUGCAACUCAGGGUGCCAUGGAUGCAGGGAACUUGUUAAAGCCCAUGCUAGGACGUGGAGAAUUGAGGUGUAUUGGGGCCACCACUCUAGAUGAGUAUCGCCAGUACAUUGAGAAGGAUGCUGCCCUGGAACGGCGUUUCCAGCAGGUGUACAUAGAUCAGCCAACCGUAGCACAGACGGUGUCAAUUUUGCGUGGACUGAGAGAAAGGUAUGAACUGCACCAUGGCGUUCGUAUAUCUGACACAGCACUUGUAGAAGCAGCAGUGCUGUCUGAUCGCUACAUAGCUGACCGAUUUCUACCAGACAAGGCAAUUGACCUGGUGGAUGAGGCCGCUGCCAAGUUGAAGAUGGAGAUCACCUCAAAGCCCCUUGCCCUGGAUGACAUUGACCGCAAAGUUCUUCAGACAGAGAUGGAGAUCAGGGCCUUGGCCAAGCCAAGUUCAUCAGACAAGCAGGCAGCCCGUAGGUUCCAGCUUCUGGAUGCUGAGCUUAAGGAGUUGAAGUCCCAGCAACAGACUCUGACUGAAAAAUGGGAGCAGGAAAAGAAGGAGAUGUCACAGCUCCAGGACAUCAAGGAGGAAGUGGAGCGGGUGAACUUGGAGAUCCAACAGGCGGAGAGGGACUAUGAUCUCAACAGGGCUGCAGAGCUGAAGUACGGGACGCUGAUUAACCUACAGAAAAAGCUGAAGAGUGCAGAGGAGGCGCUGGCCCAACAUGCUGAGGGUAGCCGUAUGCUCAGAGAGGAGGUUACUGAGGAGGACAUCUCUGAAGUGAUCUCCAAAUGGACUGGCAUUCCUGUAACGAAGCUCCUACAGUCUGAAAAAGAAAAGCUAUUGUUGUUGAGCGAGCAACUCCACAGGAGGGUUGUGGGGCAAGCUGAAGCUGUGGAGGCUGUUGCAGAUGCUAUUCAGAGAUCCCGCGCUGGGUUGGCCGAUCCGCUGAGGCCGAUUGCUUCCUUCAUGUUUCUUGGGCCAACAGGUGUGGGGAAGACAGAGUUAGCCAAAGCUCUGGCGGAGAAUCUUUUCAGUACUGAAGAUGCCAUUGUCCGGAUUGACAUGAGCGAGUACAUGGAGAAGCACUCUGUCAGCCGCUUGGUUGGGGCCCCUCCCGGCUAUGUUGGGUACGAAGAGGGGGGCCAGUUGACUGAGGCCAUCAGGAGGCGGCCAUACGCGGUGGUUUUGUUCGAUGAAAUUGAGAAGGCACAUGGAGAUGUCUUCAACAUCCUGCUCCAGCUCCUCGAUGAUGGGAUCGUCACAGAUUCUCAAGGCAGAACAGUGAGCUUCAAAAACUGCAUCAUCAUCAUGACCUCCAACCUGGGAUCUUCUGCGAGUUUAGAAGAGACUGACAAGGGCAGAAGGACCGACAUGGUCAUGUCGCUCGUUCGCAGCACCUUCAGGCCUGAGUUUGUAAAUCGCAUUGAUGAGUACAUCAUGUUCGACCCCCUCCGUUUGGAAGAAAUCAAGAGCAUCGUCUUGCUUCAGGCCCAGCGUCUCGCACAGCGGCUGGCAGACAAGAAGAUCAAAAUCGAGCUGCAGGACAGCGCCGUGGAAUACCUUGCAGCGAAGGGCUUCGAUCCUGUGUUUGGCGCGAGGCCUGUGAAGCGGGCGGUCCAGAGGGAGCUGGAAACCAAGCUGGCCAAGGCGAUGCUGAGAGGGGAGUUCCAGGAAGAGGACACUGUGAUAGUAGAGGCAGAUGGUGGGCAGGAGGCAGAGGGGCUGUCGCUCCGUCGCCUUGAGCAGGCAGGCAGGAACAGCGCAGUCGGAGUGGAAGAGCUCGGGUCAGUUGAGAAGGCGUGA